UUUCAUAACAGAAUGAGCUGGACUCCAGCAUAUGCCCGAGGCACUGAGAAGCAGAAGCGGUGGGUUGCCAUGCCGACCCUGUUGUUUUUUUUAAGUUUAAUUUACUGUUGGGCAUUUUGUACUUGUUUAACUCAGUUCUGUGAGCUUUUCUCUCAAUUACAGAAUAGCUACAUUAUAAUUAUUAUGUGACUGCAGUUCAGAUCACCAAACCAGACCAUCUGUUUUAGUCCUUUGCAGACUGUGAAACGCAAGCAAGGAGAAAGGAAGACAUUGCUAAACCUUCAAGUAGCAGAAGGCCUAGGGGCGUGAGCACCUGGACAUGCUGGGUUUGAAUCCCACCUCCUGCUCUAACGCUCCGGGCAGUGCUGAUGUCGCUCCAGUGAAGAGUGCACUGCUCUACAUUCGUUGGAGGGUUAAUACUCGAAGUCGCUCCUGGGGAAAAAAAAAAGCGCCAGAUUAUACAGGAAUAAUUAUUAAUGCAGCGCAAUUUACAGCAAGCACCGUUUGGAAAAGGUGGUGGUUUUAAAAGUGAAGGAAAUAGGAAGUGUUGUACAUGCUACGGGCGCCGUGUUCGUGUUCACAGUAGCCGUGGUUCGGAGCGUUUCUCCGGUUCCUGCUGCUGAGGGAUGGAGUCUCGAACCCGGCGCGCUCUGGGAUUUCUCCACAUUUCUCCGUGCCACGUGUUUCCACGGGGAACAGCGCGUGGAGCCUCGCCGCUUCUCUCCACGUCACGCGAACGCAACGUAGGACCACUGGCGCUUCGUACGCGCUGCGUUCGCGGCUCACACGCGGAGGAGCGCGUGCCGCGGCUGGGAAGCUGCAGUGAGUGUGGCGCGAGGCGGCGGCGCGCGCACAGGGCAGGCGCCGGAGCGGGAAGCCCGCGGGUCCGGUCCUCCCGGCAAAGGAGACCUAACGAGGAAAUGGGAUCCCACCUUAGGAUGAAAGGAUGUUGACAAGUCGGCCCAGCGCUGAUCCGCCUGCAGCUUCACCUGCUUCCCUGACCCUCCGUGGAAAUGUGUGCUUCUGAGCGUGAGGCAAGCUGACGGAAAGGGAAGGGAGAGCCUUUCUAAUGGAGUCUCUGUGCUCUCCUUGAGCAGCCAGGGAGAGAGGGAACGCACAGAGAGAAGCCCUCUCUCCGCAGGCCGCCGCCUCGCACGCAUUCGGGAGACCUGCCUUCGGCGGCGCCCUAGACGAUGGGGUGUGGGGGCAGCAGGACUGACGCGUUGGAGCCCAGGUACCCGGAGAGCUGGACCAAAGAAACCGAGUCCACCUGGCUGACGAGUACAGACACGGACGUCGCCUUGUCCUCCAUCCAGAAAAUCCCGUCGGAGAACUUCUCCGAGUCGGGCUUCGCGUCGGAAAAGAACCUCAGCUCUGCUCUGACUGUAAUUCCAGAUUUUUUUGAUGAUGGCCUGCCAGCUCCUGCACAAGCGUAUGUGACGGUCUGUUCUGCCAUAUCGGAGUCUGGCCUGAAUGAAAGGAAGGAGGGAAAUAAUGGCGCAGAACUUCUCUCACAAGACCAGGCAGUGACACCCUCACCUGGAACAACGUUUCAGAACAAGAGCGUGCUGCGUACGGAGGAGCUCAACAAACGGCAGGACAAACAGAUGUCCACCAAGCAAGUGACCAUCACUGUGACCCAGCGCGUAAGGCAGGUGGACAAGCGUGGAGCAGCCGUGGAGAAGUCUCGCACUACCAUUGACGUCAUGAAGCCAGCGGAAGGGACUAAGGAAGAUGGAAAGAUGGAAAAUAAAAGGCUGAACUGAGGCUAGAUUUGCAAACAAGCCUGUUGUCCCUGAUUAGUACGAACUGUGCUGAAAAUCAGAUGAACAGCACUUUUUUUUCCUUCUUAUUUUGUCCUGUUGAUAUUAUUACUUUAAGGAAAAUAUGGGUAUAAGGUUGGUAUACAGCAGUAAAAAUGGACAGAGUACUCCAGAGGUGUGUUUUAAGAGUUUCAGAAAAAAAUCUUGUAACCAAGCAUAGACUUUGGACACUAUUCCUAGACUAGAGUAGAAAGAAUGAACUUGCACUGACAUAUUCCUAGUACAACUGUGAUGCAUUUGAGAAGUUUUUUUACCUGGUAAAUUAAGUGCCAUUAUUUAAUAUGUAAAUAUAAUAUGUAUUUUUCACCAUUUCAAACAGCCAUGCACAGGGUAUAACUCAAUAACAUGACUUCAGUAGAUUACUUCAAGUGUGAUCAACAUGCUGCUUUCGACCAUUUAACUAAAACUGGAGCAAAGCUGCUGUACAUACAUUUGUUUAGAAGAUGUUUUUCUCCAAAGCGACUUCCAGUGAACUUUAUGUAGUGUUACCAGCCCA